AUGCAGCGCGCUGUUGCAGCGGUGGUGUACCCUGGCUUCUACCCGGCCGGCUACAUGAGCCACGCCGUGGGGGCGGGCUCGCUGGCGCAGUGCGGGGCGGGGGCGGCGCAGUGCGGGGGCCAGGCGCCGCCGCCCAAGAGGAAGCGCCGCCACCGCACCAUCUUCACGGAGGAGCAGCUGGAGCAGCUGGAGGCCACCUUCGACAAGACGCACUACCCCGACGUGGUGCUGCGCGAGCAGCUGGCGCUCAAGGUCGACCUCAAGGAGGAGCGCGUCGAGGUGUGGUUCAAGAACCGGCGCGCCAAGUGGCGCAAGCAGAAGCGCGAGGAGCAGGAGCGACUGCGCAAGCUGCAGGAGGAGCGGGACGAGUCCUCGGACCUGGAGGUCGCGUAACUGUUGCGCCCGGAACGGCACGGCUCGGUCCAGCUCAACCCGGCCCGGAGGGGCUUAACGUCGCUCGGUCCGGGUCGACCCGGCACGGAGGGGCAUCAGUGGCUCGGUCCAGAUCGACCCGGCCCGUUUUGGCUCAGCACGGCACGGAGCGGCUCGGCAUGGCCCUGUCCAUGUCGACCCGGCGUCGAGGGUUCAUCAGUGGCCUGGCCCAGCACGUCCCGGCAUGGACUGACAUCACAUGGCUUGGUCCUGCUCGACCUGGCUCGACGUGGCUCAUCUCGGCUCAGCACACCAUGGUGUGUCUUGGCGUGGCCUGGCCCAGCACAUCACUGAAUUAACUGGCAUCACAUGGCUUGGUCCUGCUCGACCUGGCUCGACGUGGCUCAUCUCGGCUCAGCACACCACGGUGUGUCUUGGCGUGGCCUGGCCCAGCACAUCACUGAAUGAACUGGCAUCACAAUGCUUGGUCCUGCUCGACCUGACUCGACAUGGCUCAUCUCGGCUCAGCACACCAUGGUGUGUCUUGGCGUGGCCUGGCCCAGCACAUCACUGAAUUAACUGGCAUCACAAUGCUUGGUCCUGCUCGACCUGACUCGACAUGGCUCAUCUCGGCUCAGCACACCAUGGUGUGUCUUGGCAUGGCCUGGCCCAGCACAUCACUGAAUUAACUGGCAUCACAAUGCUUGGUCCUGCUCGACCUGACUCGACAUGGCUCAUCUCGGCUCAGCACACCAUGGUGUGUCUUGGCAUGGCCUGGCCCAGCACAUCACUGAAUUAACUGGCAUCACAUGGCUUGGUCCUGCUCGACCUGGCUCGACGUGGCUCAUCUCGGCUCAGCACACCAUGGUGUGUCUUGGCGUGGCCUGGCCCAGCACAUCACUGAAUUAACUGGCAUCACAUGGCUUGGUCCUGCUCGACCUGGCUCGACGUGGCUCAUCUCGGCUCAGCACACCAUGGUGUGUCUUGGCGUGGCCUGGCCCAGCACAUCACUGAAUUAACUGGCAUCACAUGGCUUGGUCCUGCUCGACCUGGCUCGACGUGGCUCAUCUCGGCUCAGCACACCACGGUGUGUCUUGGCGUGGCCUGGCCCAGCACAUCACUGAAUGAACUGGCAUCACAUGGCUUGGUCCUGCUCGACCUGGCUCGACGUGGCUCAUCUCGGCUCAGCACACCAUGGUGUGUCUUGGCGUGGCCUGGCCCAGCACAUCACUGAAUGAAUUGGCAUCACAUGGCUUGGUCCUGCUCGACCUGGCUCGACGUGGCUCAUCUCGGCUCAGCACACCAUGGUGUGUCUUGGCGUGGCCUGGCCCAGCACAUCACUGAAUGAACUGGCAUCACAAUGCUUGGUCCUGCUCGACCUGACUCGACAUGGCUCAUCUCGGCUCAGCACACCAUGGUGUGUCUUGGCAUGGCCUGGCCCAGCACAUAACUGAAUGAACUGGCAUCACAUGGCUUGGUCCUGCUCGACCUGGCUCGACGUGGCUCAUCUCGGCUCAGCACACCACGGUGUGUCUUGGCGUGGCCUGGCCCAGCACAUCACUGAAUGAACUGGCAUCACAUGGCUUGGUCCUGCUCGACCUGGCUCGACGUGGCUCAUCUCGGCUCAGCACACCACGGUGUGUCUUGGCGUGGCCUGGCCCAGCACAUCACUGAAUGAACUGGCAUCACAUGGCUUGGUCCUGCUCGACCUGACUCAACAUGGCUCAUCUCGGCUCAGCACACCAUGGUGUGUCUUGGCGUGGCCUGGCCCAGCACGUCUCGACAUGGACUGGCAUCACGUGGCUUGGUCCAGCUACACUUGGCUCGGUUAGUUUUGGCACGGAGCGGCAUGGCGUGCAUCAGUCUAGCACGGGUCCAGCGCGGUGUAGCACAUCGUUGCACGAGGCAGUGUGAAGUAUCUCUGCUCUUGACAGCAUGGCCCGGUCCUGUUUGGUGCGUCAAGGCACGGAAUCGGAAUUUCAGCCACUGUAUUGGUUCCUUGCUGUUAGCAAUUUGCAGCUGCAGAAUAGCUUAAGGGUUGAAUUACAAUGAAGAUGUACGAUAUACUGGGAAAAAAGAAUAAAGGAGCAAUACCAACAGGUGAAGAGAUAGCACAUGGCGACAGAUGGUGACUGGGUGAUCUCAAUGUCAAUAAGUACCCUUCUGUUGUCGAAUUUACAGCCCGGCCAUAAGUCGCUUCCUGGUUUCAACAACCAUUUUCUCGGCAUAGGAUACACAACAAACUAAAUAAUUUUUAUUUAAAAACGUUUUUGGCUAUAUAAUAAAGUCCACCCGGCAAUAAACAGUGUUGGCUUGUAGUUCACCAUUAUACCCAGUCUCUUCGGGGUGGGAUAUGUUGGCUUUGCUGUCUGAUGCUCAAAAUAAACCAUUUAUUUGUUGCAGUGAUCUGAAGACAUUACCUUUACACGUUAACCAAACAAAAUUUAAAAAAAACAUCAAGCAUGCAAUGAGUAAUGAUGUUCUUUAAUCUAAGCUCUCUCGGAAACCAAUCGACGCGUGGCUAUAUGCGCCAGCCUCAAACUGACUUAACUUUGUGUCGACUCGUCUUGUGUUUGUAUGUACUGUGCUGCAGCCUGGGCAUUUUAACCUUGUACAUAACCCUGUCCAUCUAGUCCAACAUUUUGUACAUAUUGAUCGUUAUUGAAUGUAGAAAUUUAUCUUUGUGUCAUGGUUUGUUCUCUCUCUCGUUCAUUGCGUAUGUCGUUUGUUAUUGUCGUAUAACAAGUAUAACUGUAACGUAUUAAAUAAAAUGUGUUGAA